AUGAAGCCGGAUGAGGAUGCAUAUUGGAAGUAUGCAGAUGGGGUCCUACCUAUGCAAGCACACGAAGUGGAUUUCGACACAGCGGUCGCGAAUCUCCAGAAGCUAUUUGCCUUGAAGAAGACUUUGAUAAGAAGAAGAUACGAGUGCCUUAGGGUCACUUGUCCGCCGCUGACACCAACGUACAUGCCGUUUCGAGACUACGCUAACACAACCAAGCAAAUAGACGAGGACGCGCUCGACUACCAAUGA